ACUCACGCAACACAUUGAUAAGAUAUUUUCUAUCAACAUUGUGUGUACAUAUGUAUUUGCGUACAAACAUAUGUUCUUUAUGAAGUGUUUGCGGUUUUCGCAGUGUGCACUACUACUUAAGUGACUGUUUUGUGUGUGUUUAACUCAUAACAAAGUCGGAUCGGCAUGGUGCACGUCACGGAAGAUGUCUUUGCCGAGGCUGCAGUGAAUCCAUUCACCAAGGAAACGGGCACGAUUCGACGCUUUACGCUGAGCAACGAUGAGCAGAUGUCCGUGCAGAUACUAACGCUGGGCGCCACGAUCAGCAGCAUUAAGGUGCCGGAUUCUCAAGGUCAGGUGGAGGACGUGACGCUCGGAUUUGAUGAUUUGGCGGGCUAUGAGAGCGAACAGAAUCCCUAUAUGGGUGCCACCGUAGGGCGCGUCUGCAAUCGCAUAGCCAAUGGCCGAUUCGUGCUGGACGGCAAGACAAUUGAGGUCAGCCGCAACCGGGGUCAAUUGCAGCUGCACGGGGGCUUCGUGGGCUUCAACAAGGCGCACUGGCAAGUGCUGGAGGUGCUGCCCAAUGGCGUCUGGCUGACGCACACCAAUCCCGAUGGCCACGAAGGCUAUCCCGGCGAGGUGACCGCCACGGUGCGCUUCACGCUCACCGAGGACAACUGCCUGCAUGUGUGCAUGGAUGCGGUGACCAGCAAAGCGACGCCCGUGAAUCUCACCAAUCAUUCCUACUUCAAUCUGGCCGGGCACAAGGCUGGCCAAGCCGGACUCUACGAGCAUACAAUUGCCAUAAAUGCCUAUGGCAUUACCGAAACGGACGCGGAUUCCAUACCCACGGGCAAAAUUCUGCCCGUAGACGGCGGCAAAUUUGAUUUACGGAUCGCCAGCAACCUGGGCGAACGUCUACGGCAGCUGGAGCCGGCCCGUGGCUAUGAUGACAACUUUUGCGUAAAGUUUACGCCGCCAGCGAACAUCACGAGCAUUGCGAGAGUUGUGCAUCCGCCGAGCGGUCGCUGGCUAGAGAUUGCCAGCAAUCAGCCGGGAGUACAGUUGUAUACCUCCAACUUUUUGCCCAACCAGGCGCAGGGGGAGAGUCCGCUGCCGGGCAAAGCGGGCGCGGCCUAUGCCAAACAUGGCGCCUUCUGUCUGGAGACGCAAAAGUUUCCCGAUUCGGUGAAUCAUGAGAAUUUCCCCACAACAAUAUUGCGCCCCGGCGAGAAGUAUCAUCACGAAGUAAUCUACAAGUUUGGAAAGCAGCGUUAAAUUGUCUAUAAUACUCUAUAAUAUGUAUACAGUGAAAAAUCGCUUGAGCGCACGAACGCUUAACAGUCCAAGAUAUUAUUAUAUCUUGGAAUGAAGAAUCCCAGAUUCAUUUAAUAUUUUCUAAAUUUUUUAAUAUUCCGAUGACAAUGCAAGCCUUAGGCACAAAAAGGGGGCACAUUAAUGCAUAUAAAGGAGACAUUUCCAACUCCGUAAAGUAUUUAUUUUUCGACAGCGGGGUCGAUCUUGCAAUGUCCGUCCGUCUGAACGUAACGAUAAAUCAGUAAAAAUCGAGUCCUGUCUUUUAAGCAUAUCUCGCAGCUUACAAGAGAUAGAGUCGCCAAAUUGGGUAUGUCGACUUUCUAAAAGAAUAAAUAAAUCUGGAAUAUAUCCCUUUCUUCUAUAAGGUAUGCAUACCAUACUUAAGACCUGAAGGUACAUUGUCAAGAUCGAACAAGCGCAGAAGUAAUUCCAAGGCAGACACACCCAAAUUGAAUGCUGAAUUUUGCACACUAGAGCUUUCACUAUAUAUAUAUAUAUAUAUAUAUAUAUAUUAAUUAAAAACCAAAGAGAAUGUCAUGUAUGCAUAUAAUCCCCUGUAGCGAGAGUUCAAGCCUUUUUUUUUUUACUAAUAAACUGAUAGCACGCAGAAAA